AUGGGCAACGUUUGCUGCGCUGUGGAUGGCCUCAGCAGUGGGUCUGAGGUACGGCUCGGCAGCAAGGGCAAGCGCAAGGUGAAAUGCAACGGGAAGACGUUCGCUCCGUUUGGCAUGCGCAACAGCGCCGAGCCGCCCGUGAAAAUGUCCAGUUUCAAUCCGGAUGGCGCGGGCUCAGCAGACAAGGUGGAUCUGCGAAAGUGGAUGACACCGGUGGAGGAUCAGUCCCAGUCCAACAGCUGCUGUGCAAACGCGGUGGCCGGUGCGUACGAGUACAUCAACAAGCGGGAGGCCAUGAAGAGAGGGGAUACCACAGCCGACAUCUCCCGGCUCUUCAUCUACUAUGUUGGGAGGAAGAAGGACCAGCUGACCUAUGGGGAUGACACGAAGAUGGCACCCCAGGAUGAGGGGAUGACUUUGGGAGGAGCCAUCAGCGCCCUGCAGUUGAAAGGGGCUUGUAUGGAGGAAGACUGGCCUUUUGACUUGACCAAGGUGAAUGACAAGCCUGACGAUCACUGCUUCGACAAAGCCAUGAAGUUCAAGAUCUCGAACUCCCGGAAGGUCCCUCUGGACUUGGAGGUGAUGAAGGCUUGUCUGGCAAAGGGGGAUCCCAUCGUCUUCGGCCUCAAGCUGACUGACCAGUUCUUCAAUCCUCUGCGUGGUGGCUUCAUACCGACGCCCGAUCCCAGCGACCCCCAGUCUGCGGAACACGGGCUUCAUGCCAUGCUGCUGGUCGGCUACAGCGACCGCCAGAAAAUCUUCAUUGUUCGCAACAGCUGGUCCGCGAGUUGGGGUGACCAAGGCUAUGCCUAUGUCCCAUAUGACUACAUUGCGAAUACGGAGUUCAAUUUCCUGGGCAUGUACGCGAUCACAGGCUUGACGGAGGUGGACUUCACGCCGGACGAAGAUGAUGGCGGUGACUUCACCUUCGAGCAGGAGGGGGAGGGCAAGCCAGACCUCAAUGAGUAUCAAGACGACCCGGAUGAGAUCAAGGAAGAUGGUUUCGAUGCGGAGGACGCUUUCAACCCGGACUCAGAGGCGCGUCGCGCCUUUGCAAAGUUCGAUAUGAACAGAAAUGGCACGAUAGAUGCGAUGGAGCUCCAGAUGGCCCUCAUGAUGACUGGCACCUUCUUGUACCCCCACCAGCUAAAUGCGAUCAUGCAGAAGUGUAAUGUGGAUGGCAAGCCGGAGCUCAGCUUUGAAGAAUUCCACCGCAUUACGAAGAUGAAGCCAUCCGACGUGGACAUGUGA